CUCCCGUGCCUCCCCACCCCAGACAGCCCCUCGGCCCCAGUGAAUGUCACUGUCAGGCAUCUCAAGGCCAACUCUGCAGUGGUCAGCUGGGACGUCUUAGAGGAUGAGGUGGUCAUCGGAUUUGCCAUCUCUCAGCAGAAGAAGGAUGUGCGGAUGCUGCGCUUCAUCCAGGAGGUGAACACCACCACCCGCUCGUGCGCACUCUGGGACCUGGAGGAGGACACCGAGUACAUCGUGCACGUGCAAGCCAUCUCCAUUCAGGGCCAGAGUCCGGCUAGCGAGCCGGUGCUCUUCAAGACGCCGCGCGAGGCUGAGAAGAUGGCCUCCAAGAACAAAGAUGAGGUGACCAUGAAGGAGAUGGGAAGAAACCAGCAGCUGCGGACGGGCGAGGUGCUGAUCAUUGUCGUGGUCCUGUUCAUGUGGGCCGGUGUCAUCGCCCUCUUCUGCCGCCAGUAUGACAUUAUCAAGGACAAUGAACCCAAUAACAACAAGGAAAAAACCAAGAGUGCAUCAGAAACCAGCACACCAGAGCACCAAGGCGGGGGUCUUCUCCGCAGCAAGUUUCCAAACAAGCCCUCGGUGAACAUCAUCGAAGCAUGACUGCCUGUCUGCAGGGAGAAGGAUUUCAUUUUUCUUCUCUGCUGGUCCCCAGGUCCAUGGGCACGGGGAGAGAGAGGACUGCCGGGCAGGGGGUAGGCACAGCUAGCUGCACAGGUCUCCCUCUGCUCCCCCAUCCUAGUCCGGUGAAGAAGGCUGAACUACCAACCCAAAUUCUGCAAAAAAUAAGCAAGCCACAAAACUAAAAGGCCUGGCCCCAUUCUGGAAAAGGCAAAGCUGCAUGAGACACAGCCUUCUUUCUGCCUCCUCGCCUCUCCUGGACUGGCCUCUUUGAGAAAAUGCACAAAGCUCCUGGGAGAUGACAAGCACCUAGACUGACAGAAGCUGUGUCUUUCAGGGAAGCCGUGGGGCUGCCUGCCGGGCAGGGUCCUGGCUGCCAUCAAGCCUUUGCUGGAUCCAGCCAUCAAGGACUUGUUUGUGGUGCAAAGCACAACUUGACGAGUGUGUAGGGUGUUAUCUGUUCUCUCUCUUUUGGAAAACACAAUCGAAGGGCUUCACUCCAUAGGGCAAGAUUCCCAAAGCUGGUUGCCUGCAUCUUCUGUCUUCUUUGGCCCUUAUUUUGACUGUGAGAUCAUCAGUCUGGGGUCUGAAGAAGACAAAGUGGGAAAGAGACCUGGAAGAAAUUGGCCCCGUUUCUUUAGGAAGAGUCUCUUGGAGUUGCAACAGUGCUGGCUUGCACAACUGAAAAGGUACGUCCACGUGGGACAGACAUCCUGGGGGCUGCUGAAUCACACCCUCUGGGAUGGAAGCUGCUGGAAGGCAGGCCUGAGCCAUUCACCACGGACAGUCAGAGCAGUCCUGGCCUCUGGGGUCUCCAUGUCUUGCCAUCUCAUCCAGGGUUCUGUGAAAGCUACCCGGGGUCCUCAUGUCCUUCCCUAGAGCCUGAGUGGUGUGAGGUGACAGGUCUCUCUCUCCACUGCCUCUUUCUGGUUUAAAAAACAAAUGGUGCUUGCUAAGGGAAGGCAGACCCUUCCCUCGGACUGACAAGCUAUGACUGUUGAAUGCCUGCAUGGGAAGAGAUGGACCUCUCCAUCUUCCGUUGGUGGCUGAGGACGGGAGUGUGGGAGGACUGCACCUGGCACACAGUAGGUGCCCAGUGCAUACCUGUUGAACUGAAUGAUAAGAGCAAUGGCCCCCAAGCCAGAGAGCUGAAAGCCAUUACCCAAUGACCGCCCCUUCCUUCCGGUCUAUAAGAGCUCUCGGGGCUGGGUCAGCCACCACUCUGCUUUGCCGAGCGUGGAGCACAGGGAGGGAGGAGAGACAGGGUAGAAGGCAGAUGUCAGCAGUACUAAGGGCUUCCUCAUGGGAGGGCAUGAGGUCCCACUCAUUGUCUUGUGACUUCCAUCCCUGCUGAACGGGGCUGCAAGGCCAAGGCUCCUUAGGGGAGAGGUCCUUACCUCUGAUUCAGUUAGAGCAAUAACCACUUUUUAAAUGUAAAAUAAAAAGACAAAUGAAAAGGCA